CGGAAGUUCGCGUCCUCGUUCUUAAGGCAAGAAUUAACAGCCAGAUCAGAAGGCUGGAGGUCGCUUGUGAUUUUUGUCCUGCUUUCACCUGUCCGACAAAGAGCCACCCACCAAGAUGGCUCAGUGGCAGGCCCUUCUGAAGCUGGACUCUGCACUCCAGAGCCGGGUCUGCCAGCUGUACGAGAGAAGAUUUCCCAAAGAGAUUCGCCACUAUCUGAGCACCUGGAUCGAGAACCAGGACUGGGAUUCGGCAGCUGUGGACGAGCACAGAGCCAGAACCUGUUUCCAGGCUCUCCUGGUGUUUCUAGAAGAGCAGUGGUAUCGUUCUGUUCAGGAGAACAAUAUUCUGCAGGGGCCAGAUUUUUCCAGGAUGAAGGACUACCUGCUGGGGCAUUUCGAGGGUGAGCCGCUGAAAUUGGCCCUAAUUCUGUCUGAAUGCCUGAAGGAGGAAAAGCAAAUUCUGGCUUCGGUCUCUCAGCCUCAGAGUUGCAAUAAUUCAAGCAUGCAACAAAGCUGGAGCGAGUUGGACGACAAAGUCAAUGAACUGAAGCAACAGACUUUGGAGACCAAGAAGGAAAUCAAGACACUGGAGGGUCUGAAUGAAAAACUGGACUAUAUUCUGAUGGCCUGGCAAAAUAAAGUGGAGGAGCACACUGAUAUGGCCCAGUCCCAACAUAUUGUUGAGCAGGCAUGUCAGAAACAUGCAGUCUCCAUAACAGAAAGAAAGGAGAAUGUGCUGCAUCAGUUGGUUAACAUUUUAAAGCAGACAGAAAAGGUUGUGGCGACUCUCACUGAUGUGGAGCUGCCAGAGUGGAAGCGCAGGCAGCAGUUGGCCUGCAUUGGAAGUCAAGAUGACACCAGUCUGGACCACCUGGACAAGUGGUUUUCGACUGUCGCCGAAGUGCUGCUAGGAGUCUGCGAACAGCUGAAGAAACUUCAAGACCAGAACAGCAAAUACAGCAGCACUGACCCUGCCUUCUGUCCCCCUACUUCAAUCCCAGAAAUGGAGAAAUUUGGGCUGUCCUUGUUAAUAAAACUAGUCACAAACGCUCUGGUGGUGGAGAAACAGCCCGUCAUGCAGAAAUUUCCACAGCGUCCUCUGAUACUGAAGACCGGGGUGCAGUUCAGUAUCACAGUGAGGUUCCUGGCAAACAUCCCUGAAUUCAAAUGCAGGUUCAGAGUCAAACCUGUAUUUGACAAGGAUGUUGCAGAAGCCAAGACAGUGAAAGGGUUCCGUCUCUUUGAUUUCAACAGAGACGACUGUAAGGUGUUGGACGAGGACACAGAUGGAGGCUUGAUGGCAGAAUUUGGGCACAUGUCGCUCAAGGAAAGAAAAUCAAGAAGCAAAAGCUCAUCUGCGAACCAUCUGGUAGUCACUGAAGAGCUGCACAUCAUCAAGUUUGUGACAGAGUUUCAGUACGCAGGACAAACGUGCAACAUCGAGGCCAGCUCCUUGCCCGUGGUCGUCAUCUCCAGCACGAAUCAAGUCCCCAAUGCCUGGGCCUCCAUCAUGUGGUGGAACAUGGUGUCCACCAGUGAACCUUGGGACCUGUCACUGUUCCUGAAUCCUCCUCCUCUCACCUGGAAGCAGCUGUCACAGGUGCUGAGCUGGCAGUUUUUGACCGUUGGCAAACGAGGGCUCGAUGAAAUGCAGCUCUUCAUGCUAAGAGACAAAAUUAUGGUUGGUGCUGCUGCAGAUGAUGAUGAUCCUGUGUUCUGGAGCAGCUUCUCCAAGAACGAAAAUGCCUGGAUCUGGAUCGAUGGCAUCCUCGAUUUAAUCAAGAAACACUUGGUGGAUCUUUGGCGUGAUGGAUCCAUCAUGGGGUUCGUGAGCAGGGAGGGGACACGCCUCCUGCUGCAGGAAAAAAAGGCCGGUACUUUUCUGAUCCGGUUCAGUGAGAGCAGCAGAGACGGCGCCGUCACCUUCAGCUGGGUCGACCACUCCAACGAUGAGCCUCAUGUGCAUGCAGUACAGCCAUACACCAAGAAAGAGCUGUCGGUGUUACCUCUGCCAGAUAUCAUUUACCGCUACAGUCUGGCAUCCCAGCGAAGCAGAAAUCCCCUGGUCUAUCUUUACCCCGACAUCCCCAAAGACACCGCCUUCGGACGCUACAAAUCCCCCGAAACAUCAGAACCUUCAGGGGAUGGAUAUCACCGCAGAAUACCUUCUUUUAUAUCAAACGAUCCUACGCCACCUCCUUCUCCACCCAAUGAGAUCCACAUGAUGGAAAUGGACAAUGACCUGGAAACAAGUGCCAGCUUGAGUGAAUUCCUCUCUUUUAUUGUCGACUCGCCUGCUCCAGUCGUGUCCUGGGAAUCUCAGCUGGACAUCUGCCCAACUUUAGCUUCGUUACAGACAUCAUCGCCUGAAAACCUCUUUGUCGAUCAGUUUAGUUUCAGCUAAAAUCUGCUGGAUUGCUGAUCACACGCUGCACUUUGCUGGAAAAGAAAAGCUGUACUGUAAAAAUAGCAACAAUCAAUGUGUAUGAGAUUUUAAUUCAAAGUUUGUAUUCACAUUCUGUUUUUCUUACUGUGCUGUAUAUUUGGUAUAUUUAGUUUUUUUUUUUUUGUUUUUUUUUUGACACUGUAAUUUUUAUUGAUAGUUUUGUCACAGUUUAAACAUAGACAUGUUUUGCAUUACAGGAGAAAUAACCAUGCAAGCACACAGUCAAAACAAAACAGAACUAAAGCGAACAGAAGGUGUGGGUGCCAAUUCUAAUCAACUACCGUAUGCAUGCCUGCCUUUGCUCAGCAGCAUACAUACUCCAGCUUAUAUAUGUACUUUUAUACAGGCAUGCAUCAAUAGAUAUACAGAGUCAUAGACCUUAAAUGUUUUGUUCGUUCAUUAAUUUUCCUUGGUGCCAUACAAUGUCCACUUCUCCCACUUAGCAACGAAAAUAUCUUCCUUUAAUCUGAGAAUGUAAGUCAUUUUUUCCAUUGCAUAGAUUUCUCCAACAAUAUUUAACCAGUCUUGUGAUGAAGGCGGAGCCAGUUUGUACCAGUUUCUUGUUAUAGCUUUCUUUGCAGCUAUCAAUAGGAUUUUUGUCAAAUACAAGUCGUCGUACAGAACAUACUCUCUAAUAUUCCCAAGAUAUACAGUUUUAAAAUUGUGUGGUAAUUGGUAGCCCAAGAUAUUGCCUAUUACAAGACUCACGUUCUUCCAAAAAUUAUGCAGUUUCAGGCACUCCCAAAACACGUGCGUAUGAUGUGCUUCCAUGUUACCACAUCUUCUCCAGCAUGGCAAACUGUCUUGAGUCUGUUUACUUUUGAUUUUUGGUGUAAUAAAGAAUCGAGUAAGGUGUUUCCACCCAAAUUCUCUCCAGCA